UCUCUUUUCGGCGGCUCGCUUUCCUUUCGCCCUUCCGCGGCGGUAGAGGAGCCGGGCGGCCCAAGCGUGCGUGCGUGCGUGCGCGCCCGGUGGCAGGCUUGUCCGGGUGUCGCAAGGCGGCGGUUAGAAUCGACGGUAAGCGAGAGUGGAAGUCGGGCAGUUGGAAGAGAAGGCGCCGGACCCGAGAAGGUUUACCUGACGUUUGCGGCGUGACGAUUAAAGGUUGAGUUUCCGCCCUUUCUCUUAGAAUAGGUCCUGUUUCUUGUGCUUAAUGGAAUUAUAUGCUACGACAGCAAAGACUUUGAAGCUGAUCUUUAUUUAAUUGCUGUUUUUUGCUGUUGGAACUGUCAAGCUCCAGAAGGAAUCAUAUCUGACUGGCAAUUGGCAGACUUUGCUUGUCAGAAGUUGGCUGAGGAGGCUGCAAAGGGUGAUCACAUGACUCCAGAAUGCUGCACUUGUUAUAAAUACAUGCCGGUUGCCAAGCCCCUGAAUUUUGAUCACCGCAAAUGCUGCAAUGUUUGAUGAAGACGGUUGUGAAGAUGGCAUGCCUGAGGAGUUUUAAAAGAUGCAGACCACCUGAUUGAAAAUGAUACUUCUAUGUUUUAUGCCAUUCAGUUAGGAAAUUGCUACUGCGUCAUAAGCAAAUCAUGAUUACAUUAACUGAACUCAGAUGCUUAGCAGAUGCCCAGGCAUCAUUUCACAUCUUGAAACCAUGGUGGGAUGUUUUCUGCUACUAUCUUACCAUGAUAAUGCUGCUUGUUGCUGUCCUUGCUGGGGCUCUUCAGCUCACUCAGACUAGAUUGUUAUGUUGUCUUCCUUGCAAGCUUGAAUUUGACAAUCAUUGCACAGUGCCUUGGCAUCUGAUUAAAAGCAACAUCAAUGAAUCCUUCACCUCUGCAACACCAGAAGUUCAUCCUCUUCAAAUCCAGAAUUACCUUCAUAGGCAACAGUAUUCUUACAUUGAUGCAGUGUGUUACGAGAGAGAACUUCAUUGGUUUGCCAAAUUUUUCCCGUACUUAGUGCUUCUCCACACUUUCAUUUUUGCAGCUUGCAGUAAUUUCUGGCUUUACUACCCCAGCACAAGUUCAAGGCUAGAGCAUUUUGUAGCCAUACUUCACAAAUGUUUCGAUUCCCCUUGGACCACACGUGCCCUAUCAGAAACAGUUGCUGAGCAAUCUGUGAGGACUCUGCCAUGCUCCAAAUCGAAAACAUUUCUUCCCUCCCCAAGCAACAUGACAGAGCUGGAGAGCAAGAGGCAAUCAAUGUCCUACUCACAGACUGGAUUAGAAACAGCUGGUAGAGAGAGCACUUCAAAUGUUCUUGAUCGAAGAGAAGGGGAACAAGCAAAGUCAAUAUUUGAGAAAGUAAAACGAUUCAGGGUACAUGUUGAACAGAAAGAUGUCAUUUAUAGAGUGUAUCUAAAACAGAUUGUGAUCAAGGUCAUUGUGUUCAUUUUAAUAAUGAUUUAUGUUCCAUAUUAUUUAACCUUUAUUAACCUAGAAAUCGAUUGUAUAGUUGAUAUUCGUACUUUUACUGGCUACAAGCGAUACCAAUGUGUUUAUUCACUGGCCGAAAUUUUUAAAGUGCUUGCUUCAUUUUAUGUUGUCCUGGUGAUUUUAUAUGGCCUGACAUGCACUUACAGUUUGUUAUGGAUGCUGAGAAGUUCACUUAAACAAUAUUCUUUUGAGAAGCUGAGGGAGCAGAGUAAUUACAGCGAUAUCCCUGAUGUAAAAAAUGACUUUGCCUUUAUUCUUCACCUAGCAGACCAGUACGACCCUCUAUAUUCAAAGCGGUUUUCAAUAUUUCUCUCCGAGGUGAGUGAAAAUAAGCUGAAGCAAAUUAGUCUCAAUAAUGAAUGGUCUUUAGAGAGGCUGAAGAGCAAGCUGGUGCGAAACCCUCAAGACAAAAUGGAACUUCAUCUUUUUAUGCUUAGUGGCCUUCCAGAUGACGUCUUUGAACUCACAGAGAUAGAAGUUCUAACACUAGAGCUCAUUCCUGAGGUUAAACUUCCACCGUCUCUAAGUCAGCUAUCCAGUCUUAAAGAAUUAAACAUUUAUCAUUCAACAUUAACUGUGGAGUAUCCGGCACUGCACUUCCUUGAAGAUAAUUUAAAAAUUCUGCGUCUAAAAUCUGUUGAUAUGGGAAAGAUUCCACGCUGGGUAUUCUAUCUAAAGAACUUACAGGAACUGUAUUUGACUGGAUGUUAUGUGCCAGAACCCCAGAAUGGCUUCUACAGUGAGGGUUUUCAAGACCUUGUAAAUCUGAAAGCAAUUCAUUUAAAGAACAGCCUUUCCCGCAUACCUCAGGUGGUUACAGACCAAUUGCCUUCACUGCAGAAAUUAUCUAUUGACAACGAGGGGAAAAAACUGUUAGUGUUGACCAACUUGAAGAAACUGUUAAACCUGAGAAUCUUGGAACUGACCAGCUGUGAUUUGGAGCGCAUCCCUCAUUCUAUUUUCAGCUUAAACUAUUUACGUGAAAUAGAUUUGAAAGAAAAUAAUCUACGAACGGUAGAAGAAAUUAUUAGCUUUCAGCACCUUGAAAAUCUUUCUUGCCUGAAGCUGUGGCACAACAAAAUAUCUUAUAUCCCUGUGCAGAUUGGUACCUUAGCAAACUUGGAACAGCUCUACUUAAAUCAUAACAACAUUAAAAAAAUCCCACCACAACUUUUUCUUUGCAAAAAGCUACAUCAUCUGGAUCUGAGUUUCAAUAAGCUAACCUCUAUUCCUGAUGAAAUCCAAUAUUUAACAAAUUUGCAGUACUUUGCUGUGACAAAGAAUCAUAUUGAAGCACUUCCUGAUGAAUUAUUCCAGUGCAAAAAGCUACAGCACCUUCUUCUGGGACAUAACAGCCUAAUGUACUUGUCCCCUCGAGUUGGUGAGCUUUCCAACCUUGUUCAUCUGGAGCUCAAAGGAAACUAUCUGGAGUUACUUCCUGCUGAGCUAGAGGAAUGUAAUUCUCUGAAACGGAGUUGUCUAAUUGUAGAAGAAUGCUUGUUGAAAACACUUCCCCUUCGAGUAACAGAGCAUAUACAGAUAUGCUUGGACAAAGUUUGAGAUUGAGAAAAUUUGUGUGCAUGUGGACAAAAUCAUGGUUCAAAGAAAUAUAUAGACGAAAGAAGAGAAAUACAGAUCUGCCCACUGACUUCAGUUUCCUGAUAACAAAUCAACAUUAAAAUCCUAAGCAGAAAUAUAGACUUGGCAAGUAACUACAUGCAUUUCAUUCAAACCUGAAAUUAAUGUGCGGAAAAUUAAGUGGUUGGUGUAAUCAGUACUUAAGUGGCCGAGAUUGAAUAACAUUAUUCAGGUCUAGAAAGUUUUUUUUUUCUUUUCCUUAAAUGGCAGUUCUUAAAUAGUUGUAAGGACCAACUAAUAAUUUUUUUUCAUAUCUUUUACUGUUGGCACAUAUAUAGAGGGAAGGAGAGACUAUUUGUGAAAGCUUCCCUAUAUAAAAUCUGUUUCAGAACUAAACGUUCACUUUUAUUUUUGAAAUAUAGGAGUGCUUCCCCACAUAGGCAUAAUGAAAUUUCAUUGGGAUGCUAUGAACUAUGUCCAGAUUAUGGUACCAAAGUUCAUGCAAUCCAGACUCCCAAUAAUUUUUGCUGCUUUAACACUGGAGUUAAUUAUGUAUACCUAAAGGAAAACAACUGACCUGAUAUAAAGGUAAAAUCAGAUCUUAAGAGAACUAUGCAAGUGGUAAAAUUCAACAUGUCACUUUUUUUUUUACUAUACUAAUAUAUUGCUUUCAUUAAAAGAAAAAAGGCUAGUGCUUUAAUUUUGAGUAGAUAUGUAAUAUGCAAUAUAGAGGGUCUCCUUUCUUUUAAAAACCUGGCUAUUUUUUUUCUCCCCAAUUUUCUGGCCCACCAUACUAAAGAUUUUAAAGAUGUCCCUCAAGUUACAAGUAAUUGUAGAAAUAGCAAUUUAAGCACUUAAGAAUAUAGAGUGUAUGAAAAGCAAAAUAUUUAAUGAAAAGCACAUGAAUGCACAAAACUUAUAUAUUUCUCUCUUGUUCACAAAUGUCCUUUGAAAAACUAACAUUAGGAGGAACUUUACUAUAACUCAUUCUUUAUUUUCACUAAAACAGGAGGACGAUUAUUUAUACCUCUAAAGCUGAGUCCUAACUAAUAUUUCCUAACAGAGUUCUACUUUAAAGAACUAGAAGAAUUUCUGCAAUAGCAUAUUGAGUAGUAAAGGAAGACAAGAGGAAAAGUGAUCCCUUUAACACAGUGUUUUUCCUCCUUGGCAAAUUGAAGGUGGGUGGGCUUCAACUCCCAGAAUUCUCAGCAAUGGCUAUGCUGGCUAUGCAAUUCUGAGAGUUGAAGUCCAUAUACCUGGAAAUUGCAAAGGUUGGGAAACUCUGGUUUAACAGAAACCUCUAUUAGACUGAAGUGUUUUUCUGUGAAUGGAAAAGCAAUUCCUGUCCACAGCAGAAAACUUGGGAUUCAGUCCGUAGUUAUUUUGAUGCAUUUCAGUCUUGUUUGGGCACAUCAUCUUUAUUGUGGCUGUGGUGCUCUGUGUGUGGGGACUUGGGGGGAGGGAUUUUGGCUUCUGUUGUAAAAAAUACAGUAACUUGAUCGCAUGCUUUCAGCGAAAAUGAAUCUUUUACUUAUGUAUGAUAUAGUUUUAUAAUCCACUGUCUUCAUCAUGUGCCCAAUUUUGUGGUUGAGUUGAAUGAGAUACUGGAAAUGUUUUUUUUAAUAUAAAUUUUUGAUUGCUUCUUUAAAUGCAGCACACUUAUUUUAAUGAUGCCAUAAAUUUGAGUUGUUUAUGAAGCGAACAUUUCUCAAUGUUCAUGUUAUGUCCAUCUGAAGAAUUACAUUCCAAAGAACUUUCAGAGUAACUCUCAGGGAACACACACACGUGUUGUCGUUUCAUGGGUUUGAUGCAAGUCACAUUUCCCGAGCUUUUUUAGUUAAAGGUACAAUUUAUUAUACAGGUAUCUUUUUUCCAGUAAUUUUGUUAAGGACAGUAAAAGGUGAUAAGAAGUUUAAAAAGUAAAGAAAGAAAAAAGUGCAAGAAAAUGAAAAAGUAAAAAGCAUUCCCCCUUUUUAACAAAGCAACUUUCUACCCUCAUCACAAGCAUGUAAACAGUUUCAUAAACAUCUCUUCUAAAUUAACAAAUAUAAAACACUUCAUCCCAUAGCCCAACUUAGUAAUAGGCAAAUCAAAUAAGUAAUGUCUUUUUAACCAACUUAUCAGCAAAAAGUCCAAAAAGCUAUAAACUAUUAACAUUAAUUAACAUAUAUAAAACUCAACGUUUCACAUCUCAACCAUUAGUUGUAAGGAAAACCCUACAUAAAAGCAUAAAAAGGUCAAAUUCCAACACAAUAUACAUUUCUCCCAUUCAAAAUGCCAGCAAUUCCAGAGAAAACUACCCCAUAUAGCAACAUUAUUGUAUGCAUGUAUAAAUAAUAACUAUCCUAGACCACUUUGGAGCAAAUCAUAUCAAUCUUUUGGAAGCUUUUCUUCUGCUACCUUCUACCAGUCACAAGAUAGAAUAGUUCAUCUCCCAUUUCUUGUCCCAGAGAGCAUAGGCAACAAACACUUUCAAUGCCACCUGGCCCAAAGACCUGGAAUAUAUAUUUCCCUCCAUUCAUCUCUUCCUGAGGCUUAUAGUCUCUUCCUGAGACUAUUUGAAGCCAGAAAAAUAGAACUGACUGUGGUAGCUCUCAUUUGGGCUAACAGAUCCUGGCCAUCAGUUCUAGUCAUCUUCUCAACUUGCCAUCCAUUAAGCUAAGUUGUUUGCUGAGAUGGGCAGCUAUAGAAAUUGAAUGAAUGAACCGCAAACAAACAAGUUGCCUGGCAUCAUCAGAGUGGCUAAGUCAACUGGGAUUCAGUCAUCUUCAUUCAUCUGCUUAUUUUUAUAUAAAGUUUAUUGUCAUUGUACGUAUAUACAUAGUAUACCCAUACAACUGUGCAUUGUACAAUACACAGUAUACCCAUACAAUGAAAUUCACAUAACACCCAGAGACCAAGCCCAACACACCAAUAACAACACAACAAUAAUUAGAUGAUUGCAAGUUGUAGUAAUAUAUGAGAAUCACCUUGAGAAACAGAGCAAAGGGAAUGAUCUUUCUGCCCUAAGGAAUAACCAGAAAGAGGAUACAGCCCACAGCUGUAUAACAGGCAGAAAAAGAGGCUCAGAAGGGACCCUCCCCAGUUUUCAGGCUCUAAAGAAAAUGGUGGGAGAUUUGUAUUUUCAGACUUGCAAGAUUCUGUUAAUGUAGCCUUACAAUAAAAUUGAAGUAGCUCAUCUGGUCUGUUUCUCAUCUGGUACACCAAGGAGGGCUGACAUAUUGAGUGGAACUAUCUUCCUGAGUAUGAUAAAAUAACAAAAUGAUCAAGAAAUUCUUGAGGUGGGCUGUUAUUAAGACUAUCAGUUAUCCAUAGGUAUCUUUCAGGAGACUUCUACUAGAGCUAAUACUUAGAAGCCUUCAGUCAUUCCCUGUUCAAACCCUUGCAUGGGUUGUCCUCAGAAAGUUUGGAAAGGAAUGGAAUUGGAAAUAGUCAUAAUAAUACAGCCAGGCGGAAUUCUGAAAUAGACGCUAGAUGAACCAUCAAAAUCUACGUAAAUAAAACAGGACUUUAUAACCUCAAACAACAUCCUGGUUGACUUUCAACAUUGAUAUUUCAGCCACAAAGCCUUCCUAAUCUGAUUUCCUACUGAAUCGAAGCAUACAUCAAACUAGUCUGUGAGAUUCAAGAUAAGUCUCUCUCAUGGGAAUGGCACACUCCAUAAGCACAGCCACCUCAGCCACCCUUGAUACUAGUGACUUCCUGGCACAUAGGGAUAGGAGGUAUUCCUUACAGAGCAACUCAGUUCUUGUGCCUUGGUCAAAGCAUCUUCCAACAGGAAAGUACCCCCCAAAAAAUAAUAUUCAGCAAGAACUAGGGCCCCCUCCAGAUACUCAGAUCCUGUAACUUUGGUAUAUGUCACUUUACAUUACCCUGGGUCUACUAUAGGAAAAUACAUUGGACUUGUCAUGAAGGUCCUUCUUUUAUUGUGUAGAUUGAGCAUCCAGUUUACUCAUGCACUUACAAAAUCUGUAAAUUGGAAGGUGUUUUAAUGUCUCUCCUGUAUUCUUGACAUUUCAAGCUUUGUUAUACUGAGCCCUUUUUUCUGGCUUGUAACUCCAGAACUGGAGAAAAGAAUCGUCUCCUUCCAUAAGAAGCAAUUUCAGGCAGCUUUUGAACCCUACCACUAGUACAGGUAUAAGUAUGAGGAAAAAUGCUGUACUCACUUUAACCCACACUAUCUCUGCUGUAGAAAAAGGACCAUCAUGUACCAUUCCAUGUACCAUUAAAAAAUGGUUUUGCUUGUUUGAUGAGUUAUCUUAAUAUUGAAAGAUGAUGAAUUGUAUCUUGAGAACAUUUUCUAAGGUUAUCAUGAAUCUGAUGUUCCCUGUUUGAAAUAAGCCUGUCUUUUUACAUUGUGUUUUGCCAAAAAUAGCUUUGAACAUUCUCUCCAUCCAGCUAUUUAUCUUCUAAAGAAGCUUUCCCCAUCUUGAUGCCUUCCAAAUGUUCUGGAUUUCCAUCUCCUGCCAACUACCAUUAGCUGACAAGAUAAAGACUUUGAGAUCCAACCCAUUGGGAAGACAAUGAAUUAGAGAAGAGCGAAAUCGUGUUUUGAAAUAAGUAGCAGGAACAAAUGUAAAGAGUUCCUUUUGCAUUCAUAAAGAAACUGUGGUAGAUAAGAAAGUUUUUGAAAAAAGUGCAUGUAAUAAAACUUCAAGCAAAUUAGCAUUUUAAUAUUUGUUGCAAAAUAUGGUUCACAAAAGGCAAGAAAUUGAAAGGCUGGUAAUUCUAGCCUUAACGGAUGCCACAGUGUGCCUUCUGGAUUUCUUUUGUGCCCCAUUCCUCCAGUAGCAGAAGUGACCUAUAAGUAUUUUUAAUAUCCAGUCUGUUGCUUUCCAUCAUCACACUAUUUAUGUAUUAGAAGGAAAUUCUGCUGAGAGCAAAUGAACUACUUGUUAAAUUCUCCUUCAUGAUUGUAGGAUAAAUAAGCUUAAACCAUAUGUGUAGAUAGCACUUAUUUUAUACUGUGGUUCAGUAACUGUAAUGCUGCUGGGCUGUGGGAGGGCUUUGAAUAUGAUUUUGCAUAUGUUGACAGAUUUGUUGAGAAUAAAAUUUGAAUAAAUAAUGGAUAAAUGGAUAAACAUCA